GAGUUUACUAGGAGAAGCGACGCGAAAUUCACCUAUGGGUUGAUUUGAAUUGUCAUGGAUUUCUCUUUGCGAGAAUCAUGAAGCUACUGACUUCGAGAGCUGCAGUGGCCAAGCGGCGCCAUCGACGACAUGUAUAACCAACAUAAGAUUAUGAGGAGGCUACUUGGCCGACAGAAUGUCGACGCCCCGAACGAUGGAAAUCUCGGCGUCACCAGUUCUCCAGUCACCCAAUCCUACCGACCUAGUGCCUCCCAAGAUGCGCUAUAUCCCUCCGUCGUACCCAUCGCUUGUCUCGAUAGGUCUGCUGACGGUCAGACUGCUAUUCUAGGUGGUCGUCACAUCCUCAAGACUAUUCAUUUCGACGGGUUGCGCAUAAAGGAUGGAAUCGAUAUACGUUCAGUCAUUACCGCCCAGUUCGCGAAUAAGACCAACGCCGCCAGUGUGGCAUCAGACCAAUUAUCGAUUAAAGACGUCAAGCUAGCUUCAAACCAUGGCAAUGACCUCACCGCCUUCACCGCAUGCGCCAACGGAAAGAUCUUCAUGUACGAUAUAAGUCGCUUAGGGUUAGGGGCUGGACUUGAAUUUAUUCAAACUAGGGAAGAUUCGCGACAGGUCAACACCCUCGAUUUCAACCCUCACAGGGGAACAUGGUUACUAUCAGGAGGUCAGGAUGGGACCGUGCGCUGUUUCGAUGUGAAAGCUCCAAUACCAGGACGAACUGGUCCAACAUUCCGGACCUUCCAAGCUUUCCGCUGCAACGCCGAUGGAAUCAGUGACGUGAAAUGGUCGCCCAAGGACGGCAUGGUCUUUGCUUGUGCUACAGAUUCAGGUGUUGUAUUAAAAUGGGAUAUCCGGAAGUCCGCCGCCCCCCUUUUAAAGAUCAAUGCCCAUGAUACUCAGAAAGGAGCAUCCUCGAUUUCGUGGCAUGCUGAUGGCGAUCACUUGAUCAGUGCUGGAUUAGACAGCAAAUGCUACGUCUGGGACUUGUCUAAGAAUGCCGAGAAGAGGCAGAAGCCAAAGUAUACAAUCAAUGCCCCGGCUCCUGUAACAACUGUCGCGUGGCGACCCGGCCUCUGGUCUGCCACCGCCCAGGGACGUCGAGCUGCCCAAGUCGCCGUCACAUACGACGAAGGUGUGCACUUGAAAAAAAACGGUAUCACGUCAGUACAUGUUUGGGACCUAGCACGACCGACAAUGCCAUACAAGGAGAUAGACAUAUUUGAGAAUUCACCAAAUACUCUACUCUGGCAUGAUCAGGACUUGCUGUGGACCGCCGGCCCUGAUGGGUUUGCCCAGUGCGACGUCGCAUUUGCCCCUAAGGUUAUAGACCGCCAGCCACUUUCGAAUGUGGCUUUCUCUGCUCGUGGAGAAGCGCUUAUGUUCCUUGAAGAAAGGAUACAUGUGCCGCGACCGCGUCCAACGACCCUGGCACGUCAAGGGCUAUCUACUUCGUCGUAUAGUUCCAGUCCUACUGGCCAGAUGCUCAGUAUUAGUCGUAGCGACUCGGAAGAAGACGUGAUCGGGAGUUUCCUUGGUACGAGACGUCGUCCAGCCGACAAGCGUCGAGCAACCACCAGACCAGCUAAUUCUUUAAGUACAACACCCCCCUCCGGUACUGGUAUAGAAGAACAAGUUAUUCCUCUAGACCAAGCAAUGAAAGUAACUGGUCCUUUUAGACCACAUCAGGUCAUGGCCAUUGGUCAAAUUCCCGCGGCUCCAAAAUUACAUUUAUACCGUUAUCUAUCUAGACAUUAUCUAGAGAUUCUCAAGCGUGAUCUUCCAUUUAAUAAAGGGGCGAAGCCUUUAAAUGAAAGAAUAGCCGGGAUCAUCGAGCAGUAUGCUCGAGCUUCUGAAAGCGUUAGCCAAUUUCGGCUCGCACAGACGUGGCGCAUAUUAUCUUAUGCCAUUGGCCUGCUCCUAAUGCGAAGGUCUCAAUACCAUUUGGAGCAACGCUUAGUUCGUCGUGACAAGCCAACUUUAGUUAUCGAUAGGACCGCUCUCGACACCAAGUCGGCGUCCUCUAAAGCGGUCAUAGUACCAUACUUGGAAAUUGAUGGGGAGGAAACGCCGAGGAAGCCACCUUCCAUGACAUCCCUUGAGAAUCGACAAACUCACGCGAAAUCUUUACUUGCUGAAGAGAUGGAUAGUGAAUCUAACGUGCCUACACCAUUAGCUCGACCGGUCAAGGAAGAUGCUAGCGAUUAUCACCCACAUGCUAACGGGAGGACUCUAACUCCAGUCUUCGAGAUCGGAAGCUUCAACUUACCACCUGGCGUACUCCCAGAACAUUCCAGUCCGCGGAAACGACUUAACUCCACCGCCCUUUCGACGAUCAGCCAAGAGAGCCAGAGAUCAAGCACAGAAGGCUAUGAUUUCUACGAUCUGGAAGCUGUUGUAAAUAUCCCAAAAGCGAUUGACGUCCCAAGGAAGAGGGAACCGAUAAUUGACUACCGGGAAUCAGGCUCUCCGAGUAGACGAAAACCUAUAAUUAGGCAGGAUUCGGAAGAAAGCUAUGGUCAACUAUUCUCCAUAUCGGAUACUAGUAGACAAACGUCUCUUCUUACCGGUUCAUCUAGCGGAAGUGGUAAUCAAUUAGCUAGGAGGAUGGAACUUAACAGAAGAGAUUCAGGAGAGAUAGAGACAGAAUAUGGGAGUCGGAUUAGGGGUAGGCUGAUUUUGGAAUCCCCUGAGAAUACUCCAAGAUACCCUAUCCGACAGCGAAUUGAGCGACAGGAUUCGGAUACGUUAACGGACGAGUUGAAGAUAACUCAGGCAUCUACCGAUACUAUGGACAGUGACCCACUGGAACAAAUCGACGAACACCCCUCCUUAGAAUACUCGGCUCCAGAACUAGACCUACAUCCAAAAACACCCCAGGAACAGUCUAUCACAGACCAACCCGAAGAUCACCUUUCACCAGAUAUUACAGAGACUGAUUUUCUCCCCUGGGAAGAGGACCCUCCCUAUCCACAUCCGCUAACAAGCAAGGAUAACGCAAGAAUUCCUAUCCCACCCAUAAACCCCUACGAUGUCCUCUCACGUGCUCUGUCCUUCGAGUCUAAACAUUCCGCUCUCAACGCGUCCGCCAUAAUUCUUCUCCUCAAACCCCUUGUUCCAGACGAUGUAAUCGACUGCUACCAAGCGGCUGCCAUCCUCCGCCAACACCACAGCCGGCUCAUGGGUAUGAAGCUAUUCGUCGAAGCAGCCCUAUUACGUAACCUAUGCGUCCGCGGCUGGCCAGACGGCCUCGACCUCUGGGGCGACAAUUACACGGCGGUAUUCGCGCCAGCACAGAGCAGAGUUUCAGCCGCCUUCUCAUGUUCGCAGUGCCAUAAACCGCGCGAAAUCGACAGAUCAAAGGUCGACGGCCCCGGCAUCUGGAAAUGCGAGCGCUGCCGCGCCGUCAUGGCUCCAUGCGCCGUAUGCGGACAUCGGGACGCAACCGCAGACGCAGUCCCAAUCCGAGAAGGCCUCGGAGCAGCACCAGCACCCGACGAACCAAUCCUCUCAUCAUGGUGGUACUGUCCCGGCUGCUCCCACGGCGGCCACGCCAACUGUCUACAAGACUGGCACGCGCCUAUCCCGUUAACCCCAAACACCGCCCCCAUCUCUCCUAUCUUCCCAAUCGACGCCCCCUUCCCCGAAACCGAAAGCGACGGCUGCUGUCCCUUCGACGGCUGCGGCCACGCUUGUCUCCCCGGUAAAUGGCGCAACGAGAGCAGCACCGCGCGAACAGAGGAACUUAACCGCGUUGUACGCGAACAGACUCGUGGGAGCGUGGCUAGUGCUGCGUCGGGGCUUAAACGCGGGGUUGGUGCGGGGAAGGAGAGGAAUGGGAGUGUGGCUACUACGACUUCAACUUCUGCGACGCCUGUGACUGCGAUUCGCGGCGACGCGAUUGAGGUUCCGCAGAGUAAGGCUGUGGAAAGUGUUAGGGAAACGCUUUCUGCGCCGGAUAUUGGGGGUGCGGGGAGUGGCGGGAGUAAUGGCGGGGGUGGCUUGCUUUCGAGUAUUCUUAGCUCGAGUCCCGGACGCGCGGCUGCGGGUGUGGUUGUGGGAAGCGGGACGGAGAGGAGGAAGAGUGUUAAGUUUGCUGGGGCGCCUGGGGGUGGGGAGAGGCGGUGAUGUCUGGGAGGGGGAGGGUGCGUAUAUAGGGGUUGAGAGUAGGUGAGCGAGUGAUUGGGCGAGGUAUUAUCUAUCCAGGGUUGGGGAUUCGGAGUCUGCAUUGUUACGGCGGCAUUACAUUGCAUUAUUAUAUCACGCUACGUUAUUAGCAUUACCUAGGUUGCAUGGGGAACUGUGGUUUGUGUGUUGCUGUUGGUUUUAUACCCAGGGGAUGGAUAUCAGAUGGCUGCGAGUACGAGCUCGUCUUGUCGUCUGGAUAGGGGGAGGUGGCUUUAAUGUUGUAUGAUUAAUACUAGGUAGAAAGAAGGAAGCGGAUGUGUAAGUGUGUAUGUAUGUAGGUCGGAUGAGCUUAGCGAGGAUUAAUAAAUGGACAUUUACCUAUGGA